AUGAUACGUUUCAUAGUCAGCUUCAGUGCCAGCUUAUUCAGAGCCAUGCCAAAAUCAGAGCCGACGUUCUAUGCUGUAAAACGGGGACGUGUACCCGGCGUUUACUCAACUUGGUCUGAAUGUGAAAACCAGGUGAAAGGAUUUCCUAAUCCAGCAUUUAGGAAAUUUUUGUCAUAUGAAGCUGCUUAUGAAUUCACUGCACUGAAUGCUUCCUCUAACGCUACUUUACAACCAGUCAAACAAGAGGACACAAGCUUUGCUUUCCAAGUUUCCAAAGCACUUACAAAUGUCAGCACAUUCAGCUGUCCUGAUGCUUCGCAGAAAGCUCCAGUGUCAUCUACCAGCUGCAGUAAUUGCAGUCAGUGUCAGAACGUAGCAACUGUUGCUUCACUAAGUUCCGCUGUGGAAGAUAUGAAAGCAUCCAUACAAAAUAUCUAUGGAGUUGUGGAGAAGCUCAGUGUGGGGCUGACAGAAGUUCAGUCCACAGUCUGCAGACUUGAAAAGACAUUUAUGGCUCCAGGAUCGAAGCGUGCUUUCUGUACAAGUGCAGCGAAUGAAUCUAGACAAAAGAGGCCAAAGUUUGACAAUAAUAAAGAUUGUUUCACGGGCAGCAAGUUCCUUGAAUCAGAAGGCUCUCAUGUCUACACAGAUGGAGGCUGCUUUGACAAUGGGAGAAAUGGAGCCAGGGCAGGGAUUGGGGUUUUCUGGGCCAGGAAUGAUGUGGACAAUGUCAGUGAACGACUUCCAGGCAGACCAACAAACAACAGAGCGGAAAUCCAUGCUGCUGUUCGUGCUGUGCAGAUUGCUAAGAAGAAAGGAAUACAGAAUUUGAUUCUUCAUACAGAUAGUCAGUUUUUAAUCAAUGGUAUUACAAAGUGGAUUCGGGGAUGGAAAAGGAAUCAAUGGAAGAAAACAACGGGAAGCCCUGUGAUUAACCAGAAAGACUUUGAAGAACUGGACAAAGAAUUACAAGGGAUAAAUGUGAAAUGGGUCCAUGUCAGAGGUCACAGUGGGGAUCCUUCCAAUGAUGAAGCAGAUCUUCUGGCUAGACAAGGAGCUGCAAAGCUUGAAGAAAGCACAGAACAUACGUAG